ACCGACAUGGCUGCGUCCCUUGGAGGAGGGGACGCGAAGUGAGGAGGGGGCAGGGAGGGGAGUGGACGCAGGCGAGGAGGACAGACCCCCGGGCCCGGAUGCCGUGACUGUGACAGAGUCCCCGGGUUUGUACAUGUCGGGGCGGAGCCUUCCUUUCGGGGGUGACCACACUCACCUGGGCAUGCCUGCAGCACUCGGGGCCCAUGGACCUGAAGGAGAAGCGUGCGGGCGAGCCCCCCUUGGCCCUGGGCCUGUCCACGCGGAAGGCCCUCAGCAUCCUGAAGGAGCAGCUGGAGGCGGUGCUGGAGGGACACCUGAGGGAGCAGAAGAAGUGUCUCACCUGGAAGGAGAUGUGGCGGAGCAGCUUCCUGCACCACAGUAACCGCUGCUCCUGUUUCCACUGGCCGGGCGCCUCGCUCAUGCUGCUGGCGGUGCUGCUGCUGCUGGGCUGCUACGGGGGCCAGCCGGCCGGCAGCCAUGGGGUGGAGCUGGUGAACGCCUCGGCGCUGUUUCUCCUGCUGCUUCUCAACCUCAUCCUCAUCGCACGGCAAGAUCGGCUGAAACGUCGGGAGGUGGAGUGGAGGCUCCGAGGGAUCAUCGACCGAAUCCAAGAUGCCCUCAAGGAUGGCAAGGAGAUCAAGUGGCCAGAUGCCAUGUACCCCGACCUCCACAUGCCCUUUGCACCGUCCUGGUCCCUGCACUGGGCCUACAGAGAUGGACAUCUGGUCAACCUGCCAGUUAGCCUGUUGGUGGAAGGAGACAUCAUAGCUCUGAGGCCCGGCCAGGAAUCGUUUGCCUCUCUGAGGGGGAUCAAGGAUGAUGAGCACAUCGUCUUGGAGCCCGGAGACCUGUUUCCCCCUUUCUCUCCCCCGCCCUCCCCCCGGGGAGAGCUGAAGAAAGGGCCACAGAACCCCCAGCAGCACCGGCUGUUCCGUGUCCUUGAGACCCCCGUGAUUGACAACAUCAGGUGGUGCCUGGACAUGGCCCUGUCCCGCCCCAUCACUGCUCUGGACAACGAGAGGUUCACGGUGCAGUCGGUGAUGCUGCACUACGCCAUGCCCGUGGUCCUGGCCAGCUUCCUCAUCACCAACGCCCUGCGCUUCAUGCUGAACGCCCCCGGGGUCACGUCCUGGCAGUACACCCUCCUCCAGCUGCAGGUGAAUGGCGUCCUGCCCAUCCUCCCCCUGCUCUUCCCAGUCCUCUGGGUCCUGGCAACCGCCUGCGGAGAGGCCCGGGUCCUGGCCCAGAUGAGCAAGGGCUCCCCCAGCUCUCUGCUGGCCAAGUUCUCGGAGGACACUCUCAGCAGCUACACAGAAGCCGUGUCCACUCAGGAAAUGCUGCGCAGCAUCUGGGGCCACUUCCUGCGGGUGAUCCAGGGGACGUCGCCAACGCUGAGCCACAGCUCCAGCCUGCUGCACAGCCUGGGCUCCGUCACGGUCCUGUGCUGUGUGGACAAACAGGGGAUCCUGUCGUGGCCAAAUCCCAGCCCAGAGACCGUGCUGUUCUUCAGCGGGAAGGUGGAGCCCCCGCACAGCAGCCACGAGGACCUGACGGAUGACCUGUCCACCCGCUCCUUCUGCCACCCCGAGGUGGAGGAGGAGCCCCACGAACGGGAUGCCCUCCUGGCUGGCUCCCUGAACACCACGCUGCACCUGGCCAAUGAGCAGGAGCGCGACGACUGGCCUGCUGACGGCCCCAGGGUCCCCGAGCCCUGCUCUCACCACAGAGGGCACGGCCACAGCAAACACCUGUCCGGCUCGAACGUGAGCUUCAGCAGGGACCCAGAGGGCUGUGAGGAUGAGCCCGGCAAGACGCAGCAGCCUGGGCUGGAGAGCGAGCCCUACGAGGCGGAGGACUUCGUGUGUGACUACCACUUGGAGAUGCUGAGCCUGUCGCAGGACCAGCAGAACCCGCCCUGCAUCCAGUUUGAUGACUCCAACUGGCAGCUGCACCUCACCUCCCUCAAGCCCUUGGGCCUCAACGUGCUGCUGAACCUGUGCAACGCCAGCGUCACCGAGCGGCUGUGCCGCUUCUCCGACCACCUGUGCAACAUCGCCCUGCAGGAGAGCCACCGCGCCGCGCUGCCCAUCCACGUGCCCUGGGGUCUCUGCGAGCUCGCCCGCCUCAUCGGCUUCACUCCUGGGGCCAAGGAGCUCUUCAAGCAGCAGAACCACCUGGCGCUCUACCGCCUCCCCAGUGCCGAGAUGGUGAAGGAGAGCUCCCUGGGGAGGCUGUCCUGUGUCACCAAGCGGCGCCCCCCGCUCAGCCACAUGAUCAGCCUCUUCAUCAAGGACACCACCACCAGCACAGAGCAGAUGCUGUCCCACGGCACCGCGGACGUGGUCUUGGAGGCCUGCACAGACUUCUGGGAUGGAGCUGACAUCUACCCUCUUUCGGGCUCCGACAGAAAGAAAGUGCUGGAUUUCUACCAGCGGGCCUGCCUGUCUGGCUACUGCUCCGCCUUCGCCUAUAAGCCCAUGAGCUGCAGCCUGUCCUCCCAGCUCAAUGGCAAGUGCAUCGAGCUGGUGCAGGCGCCGGGCCAGAGCAGCAUCUUCACCCUGUGCGAGCUGCCGAACACCAUCCCCAUCAAGCUGGGCACCCGCCACAACAGCUGGAGCUCCGAUGAAGGGAUCGGGGAGGUGCUGGAGAAGGAAGACUGCAUGCAGGCCCUGAGCGGCCAGAUCUUCAUGGGCAUGGUGUCCUCCCAGUACCAGGCCCGGCUGGACGUCGUGCGCCUCAUCGACGGGCUGGUCAAUGCCUGCAUUCGCUUCGUCUACUUCUCUUUGGAGGAUGAGCUCAAAAGCAAGGUGUUUGCAGAGAAGAUGGGCCUGGAGACAGGCUGGAACUGCCACAUCUCCCUCACACCCAAUGGUGACAUGCCUGGCUCCGAGAUCCCCCCCUCCAGCCCCAGCCAUGCUGGCUCCCUGCACGAUGACCUGAAUCAGGGUGAGGGCAAAGUGUCCCGAGAUGAUGCAGAAGGGCUCCUGAUGAUGGAGGAGGGCCAUUCAGACCUCAUCAGCUUCCAGCCUACGGACAGUGACCUCCCCAGCUUCCUGGAGGACUGCAACCGGGCCAAGCUGCCCCGGGGCAUCCACCAGGUGCGGCCCCACCUGCAGAACAUCGACAACGUGCCCCUGCUAGUGCCCCUGUUCACUGACUGUACCCCCGAGACCAUGUGUGAGAUGAUCAAGAUCAUGCAGGAGUACGGGGAGGUGACCUGCUGCCUGGGCAGCUCUGCCAACCUGCGGAACAGCUGCCUCUUCCUCCAGAGCGACAUCAGCAUUGCCCUGGACCCCCUGUACCCGUCCCGCUGCUCCUGGGAGACCUUCGGCUACGCCACCAGCACCAACAUGGCCCAGACCUCGGAUGGCCUUUCUCCCCUGCAGCUCUCAGGGCAGCUCAACAGCCUGCCCUGCUCCCUGGCCUUCCGCCAGGAGGAGACCAUCAGCAUCAUCCGCCUCAUCGAGCAGGCCCGGCAUGCCACCUACGGCAUUCGCAAGUGCUUCCUCUUCCUGCUGCAGUGCCAGUUGUCCCUUGUGGUCAUCCAGUUCCUCUCUUGCCUAGUCCAGCUGCCACCACUGCUCAGUACCACCGACAUCCUGUGGCUGUCCUGCUUUUGCUAUCCUCUGCUCAGCAUCUCUCUGCUGGGGAAGCCCCCCCAUAGCUCCGUCAUGUCUGUGGCAACAGGGAAAAACCUUCACUCCAUUCCCAAGAAGACCCAGCACUACUUCCUGCUCUGCUUCCUGCUCAAGUUCAGCCUCACCAUCGGCUCGGGCCUCAUCUGCUUUGGCUUCACACUGCAGAGCUUCUGCGACAGCUCCCGGGCCCGCAACCUCACCAACUGCUCCUCCAUCAUGCUGCCCAGCCAUGCCGACACGGCUCCAGCCUGGUUUGGUGACUUUGCCAAUGGGCUGCUACAGGCUCAGAAGCUCACUGCCGCCCUGAUCGUCCUGCACACUGUCUUCAUCUCUGUCACCCACGUGCAUCGCACCAAGCCCCUGUGGAGAAAGAGCCCCUUGACUAACCUCUGGUGGUCCCUGACGGUGCCUGUGGUGCUGCUGGGGCAGGUGGUCCAGACGGCAGUUGACCUGCAGUUGUGGACGCACAGGGACAGCCGCGUCCACUUCGGCCUGGAGGACGUGCCUCUGCUGACGUGGCUCCUGGGCUGCCUGUCCCUGGUCCUCGUGGUGGUCAGCAACGAGAUCGUGAAGCUGCACGAGAUUCGGGUCCGGGUCCGCUACCAGAAGAGACAGAAGCUGCAGUUUGAAACCAAGCUGGGCAUGAACUCUCCCUUCUGAGCCAUCGGCCACGGUGGUCACAGUGGCCCUGGUCCCCAGGGGCCAAUACCAGACCCAUUUCUGAGUCUGGGGAGUUGGUAUCAUGGAUGAUUCAGGGUUUGCUCUUGUGCCCCAUGGCACUGGAGGCCCAGAUGCCCGUGCCAGACCCAGCUGUCGUCUUGACCCCCAGGGCUACUGUGGAGCAGCGAAUGAGCCAAGGCCGUGUCAGGACAGCCCUGCCUCUUCCCUGGCCUCACCAGGGCAUUCUUGAAUGUAUGACCUCAUGUGCUUAGCAAGGGGCUCCCAGCCCUCUCUUCCUGUGGGCUGUCCCUCUUCAGGGUCCACUAAGCCAGCGCCCUGUGCUCUGGGACCCCUGGGCAGGGCUGUGAACGUGGGGCCAGGGCCUCAACCUUUUUGAAGGAACACUGGCAGCAGCUGUGGGGGGUCCAGUCAACUCUCAAGGUCGCCGUUGAAGGCCAGGGUGAGGGUGUAUCCUCCCUGCGCCCUCCAUGCUGUCUUCCUGGGACAGGGACCUGGAUGUGGCCAAGCACCUCCCUCCUCCCUCUGUUGGGGAUCCUCACAGCACCUGACAGUGAGGGCCCCCCUCACCCUGGAGCCUCUGUGCCUGCCUCGAGCUGGCCCCCAGUCAGUCUCGGGGACAUGGCCCAGGGCUCCUUCCAGCCCCUGCAUAGUUCUGUGAGAAUGUUUUUACUGGUGUAUAUUUUUUACUGGAAAUGAGCCUUUUAGGAAUGAAUGUAGACUGGUUUGUAUUAAAACUUAUAAAUUGCGUAAGAAA